AUGGCAAGCUCAGCCAUGUCACGACAGGUGGUCCAGGUCCAGCCGGAGAGCAGGGUUCAGGAGGCAGGUCAAUGGAGUACUGGCCUGUGUGAGUGCCAUAAAGACGUGGGUGACUUGUUCACCUGUAAGGUGACCAGUGCAGUGGGUGCCUGUCCCUGUCUGCCUCUGCUGGACUGUAUCGGCUGCGUCCCACCGGCAUCUCUCGCCAUGAGGGCGUCUGUCAGGCAACGAUACGGCAUACGGGGGAGUGUGUGGAGCGACUGCCUGUACGGAUGCUGCUGCUAUCCGCUAUCUUGGCUCCAGAUCUCCAGGGAGCUGAAGAGAAGAGCAGCAUCCCACGCCUCCUCCUUUUCCUCCUCUUCCUCCUCAGCCAGAUACACUGCUCUGACCACCCUGCAGGGGUCGCACCUGGUCUAG